AUGAGUUCUCUGCGGGGCCACGAGGAAGAGGAGGCGACAUCUCGCUGCAGUACGCCUGCAUCCAGCUCGAACCUUAUCGCCGAAGAUCUGCGACAAUUCACCCGGUCUCCCCAUCCAUAUCACCGCAGCAGCAGGCCUGCGGUCUCCCGAACCCCUUCCGAGCGAAGCGAUCGCCUCCAGCCGCUCUCCACGUACCCCAAAUCAUCGCGCACGCCGAGCGACAGUGGGACCGAGGCCGACGAUGAAAGCACUGGGGUCCUCAGGGGGCUUCCCGCACCUCCGCCGCGACCACGAAAGGGGACUACCUCUGGUGCCAACCUGGAUACCGACGCUUGGCUUUCCGCAUUGCCCAAAUGGCCGUCGUUUGUGCGCCAGACACUGCGAGCCUCACGGCGGAGCUCAUCAGAAGAGAUAGAGCAUGAAAUUGCGACCCGGAAACAGCUCAGGCGACAGAGACGCAUUGAAAUCAUGCGACGCUUGGCAGAGAUGGCGUUGUUGCUCUCUGUCGGUGCGAUUGUUUUACUCCCGGGAGACACAAGACGUAUCGCUUGGGCUUGGAGGAGAGAGCUGGCAACCCACGGUCUCACCGUCGUGGGAUUGUAUACUGCGCAUCCUGUCCUGUUGCGGUUCUCGAGAAGUCGAACGUGGCGCCUAUGGCCUCUCAAUCCGCGACGGUCAUUGUUCUCCAUACCCUCAAGCUUUGAUCCGGCACCAUUGCUUUAUCCCGUACUGAUUCCGAUUUAUGUGUCGCUCUCAUUAACAUGUCACGCCCCGGAAUUGAUCAUGCCUAACCUGAUUCUGAGUCUCUCUUCGCUACCGGCCCCGGUCGUUCCUCUACAGAACUGCAUCCAUGGCUUUAGCGUGACACAUUGGCUGGUGACGAUGGCGCCGGUCUUUGCCUCCGAAUAUCUGUCCUUUGACAGAGCAUCACUCACGCCACUCUCACUCCGUGGGCAUAGCGCGGAAUCCCUGUUUCUUCUUUUUCCUUUACACCAAGCGUUGAUACCCACUUUAGACUUUUUGUUGACAACCAGCAUGUUACCCGCCGAAUUACAACUCCUGACAACCGCACUCAUCAAUCUGUACUUGGUUGCGGCCUCUCCUCAAGCGGAGAUCCUCAAGGCCUUGUUGUGGCUUGGUGGACUGUGCCUCUUCGCGACCUGUCGAUACGUCCUUCGAUGGGAAUUAGCUCUGGCGCGCAUUCCUACGUGGAAAUUCCGUCGAUCCCCGAGCGGCUCAUUCAACCCGCGAAAAUUCAUUAAUCUCAUGGACCACAAGCUCUGCCAGAAAUUGAGUCGUGCCGGGAUGUCCGACGAGCCCGCAUCGGACAGUGACGGCCCGGGCACGACGAGCUGGCCGCGCAAAGCGAAGAGUACGCAUGAUGCCCGUGCCUUGGUGUCGUUUGCGGGUCCUGUAUCGGCCGUUGACGACACGACGGCCGAACAGGCCUUUGGCAAAAAUACCCAGCUUCAGAGUCGGCAGCGACGACAUACCAUCUCGUCAUUUAGGGAUGUCGUCCUAGAUGAGCGUGUGCGCACUACACCUGGUGGUCGACGCAAAAAGAUGAUGGGGCCUGGGCUUGCCUCAUUUUUGUCCAUGACUGCUGCUCAAGCGCAGGUCCGCAAGUGGCUGUAUGCGCUUUACGUCUACGCUAUCACUCUGGCAAUUGUUCUGGGUCCGGUUCGAAAAUACAUCGCCGAUCGGGCUCUCCUGGGCCAAGAUCCUUUCGGCUGGGCAAUUUCUUACCUGUUUGGUAAUCUUUCCGCAGUUCGGUUCUGGGUGCUCAUGCUUCACCUCGAGUAUUGGAUUCCAUUGCCCCCACGGCCCGAUGCUACUCUUCACGAUGCCUCGUGCUGGGCGGGGUGGCUCGAACACGUGCGCCAGUCAGAUAUUGGGCCUGCCAAUACUCGCCUCCUUCUGUGUGCCUACUGUGUCACUGUUCUGGUGACCGGGCUCGCCAUUGUCUUCCAACUCAGUUCCAUCGCCGAGGUGGACACGCGGCGCAAGGUUUUCCACGGCAUGAUGGUGCUCAUGUUUCUUCCCACCAUCUUCGUUGACCCGACCUUCUGCGCCCUUGCUCUGGCCCUCGUCCUGGCGGUCUUUUUGCUGCUCGACCUCUUUCGCGCAUCACAGCUUCCCCCCAUCUCCCGCCCACUCACUUACUUCCUGGCUCCCUACGUGGACGGGCGCGACCAUCGGGGCCCGGUGAUUAUCUCCCAUAUCUUCCUCUUGAUCGGCUGCUCCAUCCCCUUAUGGCUUUCGCUGUCCGACCUUCCUCGCACGGGCGAUGGGCCCUGGGCGGGUUGGGAGGUUCCCACUCGAGAUGUGAGUAUGGUGAGCGGCGUCAUUUGUGUCGGGAUGGGGGACGCUGCCGCCUCGCUCAUCGGCCGUCGCUAUGGUCGCCUCAAGUGGUUCUGGGGUGGAGGUAAAUCGCUUGAAGGCAGCGUGGCUUUCGUCGUGGCUGUAACGUGUGGGCUGCUUGUCGCACGGGGCUGGUUGGCCAUGGGAGGAUGGGCAAUGACCGGAACUUCUGUCGCGGACACGGCAGACUUCUCGAUUCCAUCGUGGGUUUGGAUGGUCUGUAAGGCCGUUCUGGCAGCAAGCGGUACUAGCGCGACCGAGGCCAUCCUCACUGGCUGUAAUGAUAACGUUGUCGUGCCGGUGGUGCUGUGGUUGCUCGUGCGGGGGUUGGGCCUUUGA